AGCCGAAUUGACGAUACAGGUCCUGCCAAGAAAUGAAAUAGCGAGGAAGGAUAAAAGCUGUGAAGUCAGCCAUUUUUGCCAUUCUCUGAACCGCCUCCUUCAAGCUUUUAACAAAGGGUGUGUGCCCGUUCCGACUUGACGUUGCUGCAUCUCUUCCAUUUCUCCUAUCAGUGAAGGAAGAACGGGAAAAAGGUUUAAGUUGGAGGGGUUCAUGGCGUCAAAGUUGCAACAAAUACAAUCAAAGGUUGUCCAAGCUUCAAAAUUUGUGGCCAAGCAUGGAUGUGACUACCAAAAGCAGUUAUUGGAGCAGAACAAGCAGUACAUCCAAGAGCCACCUACUGUUGAGAAAUGUAACGAGUUGUCAAAACAGCUCUUAUACACUCGUCUUGCAAGUAUACCUGGUCGUUAUGAGUCAUUCUGGAAAGAAGUUGAUUGUGUCAAGCAACUUUGGAAGAAUAGGUCGGAACUGAAGGUUGAGGAUGCUGGCAUUGCUGCUCUGUUCGGGCUGGAGUGCUAUGCCUGGUAUUGUGCUGGUGAAAUCGUUGGAAGAGGAUUUACAUUCACUGGCUACUAUGUCUAAGCAAAGGCAAUCUUGAGAAAAACUAGUUGUGGGCUUUCAUUCACAAGUUUUUCAUUGAGGGUGAUUUUUUGUCGCUUACCUAAUUCUACAUGCCAAAUUUCGUUUUUCCUGCAAAAGUUUGAAGCUGACGAGUCAGCACGACAAGUGUGGUAGAAUCAAUAAUCCACCAAGUUAGCUUUUCUUCUUCUUGUCUUCUUUGAAGUGGCUCUUGAUUGGAUGGAACUUCAAUUAAUUUUACCUCGCCAGUUUAUGAGAUGCUGGUCUGCUAUUUUGUGAUUAAGCUUAUUGAAUAGGUUUAUUCGGAUCUACACUUCAGCUGUCUAUCAAGUGGUAGUUGGUACUUAUGCCAGGAGGUUGGAGUAUCUCUUUACUUUGUACUUGAUAGCGAGGCCCAUCUGUUGCAUUGAAACAGAUGUAAUGUCUAAUUGGAUCAAAUUUCAGGGUAAGACACUUUGUGGAGGUGCAUGGACAUAUUUGCUGCAUUUUGUUUUGUGCAUGAUGUGGUGACCAACAUAAUGAAAUUAACACUUUCACAUC